AUGGACUUGAGAAACUUAUCGACUACUCCUAACCAGAUGGACUCCGUUAUCCAGCGGAGACCAUCUUUGUCUUCGUUGUCUUCUGCAUCGGGCUACGAGUCGUCUACAUACGGCAAUAACGGGCCCUCGAAUUUAAUGUCUGCCCAGGGCCCGGGAAAUUCAAAUUCCCAAGGUCCAACCCUGAGGCAAUCCACGGGCCUGAACAGACUUUAUUCGGGAAUUCUGAACAACUCAAGUAAUCCAAACUUGAUUACUCCUUCGUCAAUGCCGCCUCUGGUGCCAAACGAUGUUGUGCCAUGGGUUGAACAACAAAAGCAACAACAGUCCUUGAAUGUGAAUUCAUUGGACAACGGAAAAAAAGACAUGGCAUCCGAAAUGCCAACUCAUACGAGAAGAACCCCACAAUCACCAAAUGGGGGCACCUCUCUAAUGACAAGCAUGAGUUCCGUCACAGUCAACACUUCAGCUACUAUGGAUGAUGAUGAUGACGAGUUGAUACCCACAGCUAUUGUCAUCAAGAAUAUUCCUUUUGCGAUUAAAAAAGAGCAAUUGUUGGACGUUAUGACGAAGUUAAACUUGCCCUUGCCAUACGCUUUCAACUAUCACUUUGACAAUGGCGUUUUCCGUGGUUUGGCUUUUGCCAAUUUCACCUCCACUGAAGAAACUUCGAUGGUGGUUAAUAACUUAAACGGCCGCGAGAUCGGUGGUCGAAAGUUACGCGUUGAGUAUAAGAAAAUGUUACCAGCUCAAGAGAGGGAGCGUAUUGAGAGAGAAAAAAGAGAGAAACGCGGUCAAUUGGAGGAACAGCACCGGUCUGGGUCCAAUGCUUCUUUGGCUUCUCUUAUUUCCGCUGCAUCCACAACGGCCGCCACAAAAAACUUGAGUGUCAAUGGUCAACAAUAUAGUACCCAAACAGAAAGGGUGUUUGUGCACUUUCCAUCUGGUUCCAACGCACCUCAACCACCUCCUGAGUUGAACUUAAAUGACCCAGAGAUCCUUGAGUUGUACUCGCAGUUGCUCACUUAUAGAGAUGAUAAUUCGAAGCUUAUUUUCGAGUUGGCCUUCCCUUCCAAUCUUACAAUGUCACAGCGCAAAGUCAUUUCUCAUUUGUGCUCGUUCUUGAACUUGCUCGAGCUCUAUGAUAAUGGCUAUAUUAUUAUCAGAAGAAAACCUGGUCAACAGAGUAUCCAACAGCGCCAUCAGCAAAGCACAUCUUUCAACCCUCAUGUCCCCCAACAAAAUCCUCCAAUGUCUCUGCAUUCAUCAUCAAUGAUGAACUUAAACCAAUUGCCUGCGUUGCUCAAUUACGGUCCUAACCCGCAGACGACAAAUCCCCAUGCGCCGGAGCUAUUGAGAUCACAGUCUCAGUCGGCUUUACAGAUGCCGAGACUCAGGCAGCAAACCACUACCCCCAUCCAGCAACAAUUCUCGCAAUAUCAGCCAUCAGGUAGUCUGCACCAAAAACAACCUUCGGGUUCGCAAAGUAAGUACCAGUCAUUUGGGAACUACGCACAAAACACAGCGGGUCCUACAAACCAAGCUCAAAAUUCCAUUGGAACACCCACCUCCAGUGCAGCAGCGUUGUUGAGAUCCUCAAAUAACCGCUCGUUUGUUGAUGUAAGAGCCGCCAACAUGAACGGCGGUUUCCCUAACCCCCACUCUGUUACUGAUUCUCCAACUGCGCAACAUUCUGCGACAGUCCAGACUCCAGGAUUGUAUCAGGGACCCAAUGCAGGGUAUUUUGCUAGUGGUCCUGUAAGCCAGCCAGGAACUCCAUUAGGGAAUCCAGAUUUGGCGAACCGCUUUGCUCCCUUUGGUCAACACAGCCACCUUGCAGGAAGCUUAUCCUCUUUGCAAGCAGCUACAGGCACCGGCGAGGAGUUCCCUAUGAACGAUUCGUUGUCUAAUAAGCUCAACUCGCUCAACUUGAGCAACGGGUACGAGCAACAAAAAUCGGGAGGAGGAAUUUGGGGCCCAAAAAAAUAG